UGGAAGCCCUGACCAGGCCCAAGCCCUUAGGCCUGCCGUGGUCCUGGCUCCUGGGGCCUGAGGCCAGGCCCAGUACCUCACUAGGGCCGCCCUACUAGUGCACACGCGGUACAGUUAGUCUCCCGUAGGCCAGUGCGUCCACACACAUAAGUACCUCAGCGUUUCACCUCUGCGUUAUAUUGCAUCACAUCCCAGCUUCCAAGCAUUAAUAUUUUUUCUGCGUUUUCUGCACACGCAGUUCGUCACAGCACCCAAUUCCUGAUAGGAAUCUCAUCCCAUUGCGAUCUGCAGCUAUCUCUACACACAGACUGUGACCAUGGCCGACCCUAUCACCUUCACUGAGGCCAUCACUAUGAUCAUGACUCUCAUCGAGUAUUCCCAAAGUCUCUCCUCGCUCUUUGGGUUGGAUGCGCAAAACGGCAUCACACUCGAAGACACUGCACGCCUGAUCAAUUCUACCAACGUGAAGUUGUUUGCGGGGAUCGAGUUCGCCGACAUUAAAACCAUACGCGACAAAUUCUAUAAUAUAUAUCUGAAAACCCUCGCCGCACAGUCUUCCAUCAAGAAGAACGACAUCACCGAGUCGGGCUUCCUGGCCAAGACAUAUGACUCCAUCGUAAAGGAGAAGGAUAAGGUGUGGAAGUCCCUACAAAAGUUGGAUUGGAUCUUCAGCAACAAUAAUCUCCACGUCGACGACUACAACUUCUUUGCCCGGCUCAUCUGCCAGGGUUAUAUGCUUCUCCUGCACAUGCACUCCGUCACUCAGAACCUCCGUUCUAUCGAACUCCUCGAAGAAGUCGACCUCGACAACUACAAACUCCUGCCGGAGUCACUGACCCUCCUGGAAUACAUCAACAAAGGCUUGGGGCAAAUUUCCAAAAUGGAAAUUAGAGUCUGGAACUUGCGCCUUGGUCAAAUCUCGGAGGUCACAACGGGCUAUUAUCCUACCAAUACAUCAGUGUGCGUGAUGUAUACGUGGAAAGACGAGUAUCAGAAGCUGUCGAGUACCCCCUGGGACGAGGCGCUCACCGGGAACAAGGUCCCUAAAGGCUCUAGUGGACAGCCGAAGGUCGGGAGAGAUGGCAAGGACGACGUUAUCCAGAAGAGGACGCGACGCGUUGCGUACAUUAAGGAGGUGUACAAUGCGCUCACCGGCAAAGACCUGUCUAAGUUGACGGAGAAAAUGACGGGUUUGAAGUCAAAGAUCGAAGGCCGGGUAACGAAGCAGGGGGGGACGGUCGUGCCUGCUCCGGUCGCGACGCUCCCGUAAAGAGAUAAACAGUCGAACUCUAGCAUCUUGGCAGUGACAUCUAGCAAGUAUAGUGACCCAGGCCGCUUGUCUUCUACUCGCACCUACAUUACCUAUACAUUGUCUGUUUGCGUAUAAGUAAUUGACAGUCGUUUACUUACCG